AGCGCGGAACAGCGCGCGCCGCCAGUACAGAAGUCACCUGCGCGCGGUGUGCAAGCGCUGCCCGUAGCUAGCUAACGCGUACGCAACCCUAGCGCCCUCACUCGCCUCGCAGUGGCAAAGAGCACCACUAGGUACAUCCUCCGGUAGUGAAUGUGUUCUCGUUCUCGGCAACUACGAUUCUGGUAAAGGAUCCAUCGCCUGUACAAAUUAAACUGCGCAGAAGGAGGACAGAACUAAGACAAUUGCCUCGAAAACAUAAAUAAUAUUAAGAAGACUACAAAAUGGCACUAAUACUGGAAUAUUUAAAUGAUAUGCACGUAUUUAUGGAUAAAUAUGGAGACCCUCGGACUAAUCCAUGGUUCCUUAUGAGCUCACCUUUACCCACAUUAAUUAUAUGUUUAAGUUAUGUCUAUCUAGUCAAGGUUUUAGGGCCACAAUUUAUGGAAAAUAGAAAACCAUAUGAAUUAAAAAAUCUUCUAAUAUUAUAUAACUUUCUUCAAGUAAUAUUCAGUGCAUGGCUUUUCUACGAGAUUGGGGCCGCGGGCUGGUUCACAGGCAGGUAUAACUUUCAAUGUCAGCCGGUCGACCACUCGAAACAUCCACAAACAAUGAGGGUGAAUUAUCACUUUCGUUACUUUAUGUUUACCUCAGCACCUUAUUACACUAAUUGAUCAAGCAUUAUAAGCAAACAUUCAUAGAUCAAGUCAACGCUAAUAACUUUGUUCAGAAAUAGUUAUUAAUUAUGAAUUAAAUGAAAACUUAGAACAAACAUCUUAAAGUACAACCAAAAAACAAAAUAAUCUUGUUACAAAUAAAUCAUAUAUAUACGUACAUUUAUAGGUGGAAAUAAACGUUUUAUUGGCAGUGCCCGGUUGCUGGCUCAUGACACAUCCACCGACCUACCGCAUUUGUAGUUCUUAAAAUAAAAUAGGCUUGAGAGAAGAAACAAACUAAAUUUCACAAUCGCAGCAUAACAAUAUUCUUUUCCCUAUUUAAUGUCAUGCUUGGUUAUACCCCUCUUGCUAAUCUGCCAAUGUAAAAAUCUAUAUCAUUUCUGCUGCCCUUACAAAAAGUGACCACAUAAACUCACAUAUUUAACAAAAUGACACUUCAUCUUAUGUUAUGUAUCAUAUACUUUAAGUAUUAUUUAAAUAAAGUUAUUAGCGUCGAACAAUAUCAAUUAUAUCCCGAAAUAGAUAACUACCCUCAUACAUACUGAAUUAUCUAUCGGCACAACAUUUCGAAAAACUUGCCAUAUUCAAAACUUAUCGGGAAAAUAAUACGAGACCUGUACUGAUAUGACCUGGCCCGUCGAUCUUGAUGUAAUUUAAGUCAUCUUGCUCAAAAACAUAUCUCAUGGCAUCGGAUUCAUUAUCAGAUCAUCUUUAGCUAUCAUCUCUUCAUAUCGGCAUUCCGAUACCGCAAUCCUACAAUAGAAUAUUUGAUUGUAUUAUAGAAAUCAUUAUAAA